GGAACACAUUCGCCGUUGGACCCGGAAGUUCCGGUCUGCGUUACAGUCAAUGGUUCCCCCUUCAGGAGUUCCGCUUGUCUGUUAGCUUCGUUUGAGACAAAAUCCACACACUCCUCUCAUUUUAACAUUUUAACAUUUUAACAUUUUAAUAUUUUAACAUUUUGAUAUUUUGAUGUGUUAUUAUUUGAGUUGAAUGGACUCCGGCUUCGUAGACUGUCACUGCCACAUAUCAGCCCGAGAGUUUGAGGAGGAUCUGGAGGAUGUGAUUCAGAGGAGCUCAGAGGUUGGUGUAGAGACUCUGGUUGCGGUCACAGAAGAAGUCGGGGAGUUUGAACGAGUCCUCCAGCUGACGGAGCGUUAUCCUCGUCUGCUGGCGCCAUGUUUCGGCGUCCAUCCUCUGCAGGUCGUCGGGGGCCUCGAGCAGCGCAGCGUCAAACCUCAGGACCUGGAUGCUGCCCGGCCUCACUUCUACAAACACAGAGAGCGCAUCGUGGCUGUUGGAGAGAUCGGGUUGGACUUCACCCCGUGGUGCGCUCCCUCUCAGCAGGACAGGGACCACAUGAUGGAGGUCUUUGUGAAACAGCUCAGCAUCGCCAAGGAGCUGGACCUGCCCGUAAACGUCCACUCUCGAUCAGCUGCUCAGGUCACCAUAGCAACCAUGCGAGAACAAGGGAUCAGUCGAGCUCUGCUUCAUAACUUUGCUGGGAGACCAUCAGCCGCUCUGGAAGGAGUGAAGGCGGGUUACCUGUUCUCCUUUCCUCCUGCCGUCUGCAGGAACCAGCAGAGAGACAGACUGAUCCGGCAGAUCCCUCUGGAGCACAUCUGUCUGGAAACAGACUCUCCUUCACUGGGACUGGAAAAACACGUGAGGAACGAGCCUUGUAACAUCGUUCUGUCCUGUCGGUACAUCGCUGACGUCAAAGGUGUGUCUCCAGAAACCGUCCGACUCGUCACCUCACAGAACGCCUACCGACUCUUCCCCAAGGCCGACACACGCGGUCUGAGACAGGUGAGAGGCUCUCUUCAAAGUGUCUCCUCUCUGCGAGCUGAGUGGGGGCCUCUCUCUCUCUGCAGACCGGUCUACGCUGAGGUCCAGCACUCAGAGCGCUGAGGAGGACCGGGCUGGUCUUCAGGUGGCUCCUGUAGUGUCUCCUCUCGGCCCUGUCCCAGCUGGACCGGGGGUCCAGCUCCACCUGACACCAGGUCUCCCUGCGCAGGUUGAGCUCGCUCACAGACAUGAUGUUUGUGUUUCUCAGUGUUCAGGUUUGACUGACUGUGAGGAGACGCUGAGGCCAGGGUUACCAUAACAACAGGAAACCUGAGGAAGCUCACCUGCACAGCAAAGAUCUUCUGUGUUCACAGGAGGUGUUACUCUGCUGGAACCUGAGAACACCACAGACUCUUAUUUAUGUCAGGUUUAAAAUCUGUGAAAUAUUUGGAAAGAAUAAAAGUGAUCACUUAGAGACUCA